AUGGCUUAGGUGGGUCUGACCAGGCUGCAAUAAAAUAUAUCAAGAUAAGAGUGGACAACUCCUCACCCGAAAGCAAACAGACAGAGAUACACACACAGAGAACACACUGUGAGAAGCCUUCCUUCCUGGAUACGGAGACAAGGGAGAGGUGAGCUGCUAAAGACUGAAGGAGAGAAGCAAAUAGGACUGCAUACCGAGGAGAAAGACAGUGUGAGGGGUAAAAGGUGAGAAAUAGUAACAACGAAGAAGAGUGAGAGAGAAAGAAGGAAAUAAGGCCGAAGUGAGAGUCUGGGACAGUGAAAGAGAAGAAGAAAAUAAAGAGACUGAGAAAGGAGGGAAAGAGCCGCAGCAGAAGAGUGAGUGACUGAGACCAAGAAAAGGAGAGUGAGAGAGAGAGGAGUGCCAUCUUAAUCCUAAGUGAGACUUAAUUGUAGUGUGGUGCGAUGGCAUCGUUUGCUCUGGAGCUAGUGGGUGUGAUCCUGUCAGUGCUGGGUUGGAUACUGAGCAUAGUGAGCUGUGCUCUGCCCAUGUGGAGGGUCUCAGCCUUCAUCGGAGCCAACAUCGUCACAGCCCAGGUCUACUGGGAAGGUUUGUGGAUGAGCUGUGUGGUUCAGAGCACAGGCCAGAUGCAGUGUAAGGUGUACGACUCCAUGCUGGCCUUGCCCCAGGACCUGCAGGCUGCCAGAGCUCUCUCUGUGGUCACCAUCAUCCUGGGGGUCUUAGCUCUCCUCGUGGCGACCAUCGGAGCCAAGUGUACCAACUGCAUCGAGGAGGAGGGAGUGAAGGCCAAGGUGAUGGUGUCCGCCGGAGCUGCCUUUAUCCUGGCUUCGCUGGCCCAGCUGGUGCCUGUGUCCUGGUCAGCCCACACCAUCAUCCUGGAGUUCUACAACCCUAUCAUCCCCUCGGCACAGAAGAUGGAGAUCGGGGCAGCGCUGUACCUGGGCUGGGCCGCGGCCGCAUUGCUGCUGGUGGGGGGGGCUAUCCUCUGCUGCAGCUGCCCUCCUCAGGAAGACAAACCAAUGACAAGGUACUCAAUCCCUCCCCAAAGCCGGAUGGCGUAUUCCGCUGCUCCAAGGUCCAUGGCCCCCAGCUCCUACAACAGGAAAGACUAUGUGUGAGAAAAGGAGGGGGGGGGGUGUUCAACAUGUCUGUUUAUUUGUGGGUUUCUUGAGAAUAUAACGGAGUGUUUCCACAGUUUGUUUAAAUAUACCAGGACCAUGGGCAAAUUCUUUUACUCAUCCUCGCCUUCAUGGAAAGGGAGAUGUAUCGAGCACAGGGCGGCCAAGAUACAGUAUAUUAUGACAACAAUUAUUACAAGAUACAGUAUAUUAUACUGUAUCUUGACAACGCAUGUCAUUAUAUAAUAGAUAUUCUGAUAAAUAAAACGUCAUGGCAAGUUGACCCACAGCUGAACUUAAUGUUUAUAUCAUAUUUAUCAGAACUUUUUUUUAGUUUGCUCUUCUUCUUUGUAGUGGUUUGAAUCACUAAUUUCCAAAUGUUAUAUGGAAUAUGUGAAACAUAGCCUUUGGGUUUUGUACUGUUGUGAGAAGAAGAGGUAGGACGUUGCAAAGCUUGUAUUGUAUUGUAAAUAACUGUUGUGUGUACCAAAGAGCAAGCACAGUUUGCAGAAAACAAUUUUCUUCAAUGGAUAAAUAGGUUAUGUGUCCAAUCGAUCCAACAGAUGUUACAACAAAGCAAGAUACUUGCAGUAGGACUAGGAAAAUAUAUAAAUAUAUUUUAUAUGAUACAUAAAUACCAAAAUAUACUGUGCAGGGUUACUGGGGCUCGACCAGUCUAGUCAACAAGGUGGCACAGUAGCCAUAAACUAUGAAGAACAACGAGCAUUGACAGCAGUGACAUUGGGAUGGGAGCAAAUCGUCUCCCCGUAGAGUGAACCUGUUUAAAAAAACGACUCAUAUGGAAGUUUGGAAUUUGAAUCUGUUUUUGUUGUUGUGUUAUGUUAUCUUUUCACCAUUCUUAUUAUAAUUGACAGCCAAUCUGGGCUCUGUUUAUAUUGUAAAUUAUUUUGAAAUAAAUAACCUUUCGAUGGUACGUGUAAGUGUUACUACUGUACUGUAAAUGGUGGACCUCUGUUUGCCUGACAAUAUUGUGUUUUCAGUUUGAUUCAUAAAUAUCAGUGUACAGUUACAGCCAAACAUAUUGGAACCCUUGCACUUUUCGUUAAAAAAAAUCCCUACAAACUUUUGGUCUCCACACCUUCUUAUUGGAUUUUCAACAUUGCAGGACAAAUUAUAUUCUUGUAAACUUAAAGUUACAAUUUUAAAGUAGAAAAUAAAGGCAAAUAAAAUGAUUGGCACCCCGGA